AUGCCGAGGAAACGGACUCCCAAGCAGCCACCGCCGCCGCAGAUCGAGCCGUACCCAACUCCGCCAGAGGAGUUUCAAACACCUCAAUCGUCAAUAACCCACGAUGCUCACACACCGCGCACAUCCGGGACGGACGCCGGCACUCUGGCGAGCAGUCCAGACGAGCGCAUGCCAUCUGAAAUCUCCAUGUUCGACUUCUCCCAGUUCGCUGACUUCGAGCCGUCCUUCUCUCCGGUGGACUUUGGCUUCUUCGGAUCGCCCGCCACGCAGCUGCAACAUCAUCCCGACGCCGCAGCACAGGAGCCACCAACCAACAUACUGGCGCCAGCCCCAGUCCUGGAAACACCACGAGCCGCGCACAUAGCAGACGGCCACAACAACAACAAGCACGGCUGCUCGCCGUUCCAAUCCUCAUCCAGCUGCCUCGACGUGCUCAACCGCACGCUGCGCGACCUGCAGCAAAGCCCCGUCGAGGGCAAGACGCUGGACCACGUGCUGCGGCUCAACCGGGCGCUGCUGAGCGUGGUGCGGACGGUCAUCGAGUGCGACGCGGCGCACCACCCGUCGUUCGACUUCACCGUCUACUUCUGCCUCAACAAGCUCAUCACGACGUACCACGAAGCGCUGUACAUGCCGUGCUGCGCGUCGUCGGUGCAGUUCGGGUCGUACGUCGUCAACGUCGAGGACCAGCUGGCGUUGAAGUGUCAGAUGAUCCUGAUCGACGUCAGGAAGAUAACGGCGCUGCUGGACCGGCUGCAGGCCAAAGCGCGGCAGCGGGAGGAGGAGGAUCGGCUGGGGCAGCAGACUGGUGGUGGUGGUGCUGUGGGGAGGACAAGUAGUCGUUGCAGGCGGCAGUGUCAGUUCUUACACCGCUUUGCGAGGAAUGAGGUGGAUCGUGUCACGAAACAUAUACGGUUAUUGGGGGGAUGA